AUGGAAAAUGCAAAUAUCUCGGCGGAAAUGUAUAACGACUUGGAUACGGCCAUAAACUACAGCUGUAUCUUCACCCUCGGUUGUCCACGAGAAUGCACCGCCUGUCCAAUGUGCCAUACGGCCAAGUUGCAAGUUAUUGAAGUACUUGCUGGAAAGAAGACUAAAGAAGGAGGAAAAUGCCCUGAUCUGACCAGUUGCGCUAUGGAUUGUGUAGCAAAAGCGGGUAGUAAUAUGUCCACAAUCAACCACUGCCUUCGACGAAAAUGUGCCUUUUAUUGUUUCAAUGGUUCCUGUCCGAGAUGUGCAGUUUUCAUAACGAAGGGUCAAUGUCCAGAAUUAUUCAAAGCAAUCGUGCACGCCAAAUUCCAAGAGCAAUUCGACAAUGAACAGAAAAAUGAAACAGUCAAGCGCCGGCUUGUUAGAGAUUCAACUUGA